AUGAAGCGCAAACGAAAAAGGAAACAUCUUGAAACCACACGUGCCCCCAAAGCUGCCAGGACGUCAGGAGAAUUCGAGAAUUCUCAAGAGGAUUCUCCUGAGCCAGAGGCACGUGUGGUGGUCCCAGACCACAGUCUGACACCGGGAGAAGAGCCCUCUAUCUCAGAGUAUUUCUCCUGCGUGUCACGUCCAGGACAGCUUCCUGCUACUGCUGAAGACGGAGGAGGAGGAGGAGGAAUCCCUCUGUUGCAUCAGGAUAUUCUUCGUACUGGGCCUCUUGAAAUGACUCAACCCCAGGUUUUGGAGGAACGGGAAGCUCCCUCCCUCUCUACGGAAGACUCCUUUCCACUAUACCUGGGAAGGGCACACAUCAAGAAGAUUUACUAUAGGCGUGUCCAGAUGAAAAGAGGUGUGGCUGUGUCAUGGGAUGAGGUGGAAGUCUAUGAGCCUGCCUCAAAGAAGACCAAAAGAGAAUUUGCUUUUUUUGAAGAGGCUGAAAAAAAGGGUGAAGAGACCUCAGACAUAUGGAGCCGCUUGUCUACACGGCAACUCAUAGAUGUCAGCGACUAUAGCGAAGCCCCAGAGGAGAGGGAGCAGGCUGGCAGUGCGGGGGAGCCUCCAGCCCAGGAGGAGAGCCCCAGGGCCAAGACGCCUGAGUGGCUGGUGGCCCUGGACAGCGGCUUCAGGUGCCUGGGCUGCUGCCGGGUUUUCCCCAGCUUGGAGGUCCUGCAGGACCACGUGGCCAAUGCGAUUUUGGAGAGUAAUGUUUCCAAGCUGUUCGGACACAAGGUUGUGCGUUAUGAAGGAAGGCAGCGUACUGUAACUGAUCGGUAA